AUGACCGCGAUCACAACGCCCGGUGAUGCCUCGGGCGGCGCCACGGAAAAGGGACUCGGGAGCGAUUUUGACCGCGCCGAGUCCAACAACGGGACGCUGGCGAUAGAAUCGCUAGACGCCGCAGCAGAGCAAAAGCUCCUCCUCAAGCUCGACGCGUACUUUGUCCCGAUCAUCAUGGUUGUCUACCUCACCUGCUUCCUCGACCGCACCAACAUCGGCAACGUCCGGGUCGCCGGCAUGCCCGAGGACAUCGGUGCCUCGACGCAGGAGUUCUCGACGGCCAUCUCCAUUUUCUACGCGACCUACGUCGCCUUCGAGCCGCCUUGGACUAUCAUGAUGAAGCGCAUCACCCCGCGCGUCCUCCUGACAGGCCUGUGUAUCGUCUGGUCGCUCUCGACAGUCUUCUCAGGCUUCAUCCACAACAUCGAGGGCCUCUACGCCGUGCGCCUCGUCCUCGGUGCCUGCGAGGCCGGCCUGUUCCCGGCCCUGAACCUGUACCUGACCAUGGUGUACAAGCGUGAGGAGCAGGCCAAGAGGGUGUCGUACCUGUUCGUGUGCUCGGCCAUCGCGGGCGCCUUUGGGGGCUUGCUCGCGUACGCGCUCCUGAAGAUGGACGGCAUCGCUGGCUACGCCGGAUGGAGAUGGGUUUUCAUCAUCGAAGGAGUUGUCAGCAUCCUCAUCGCCCCGAUUCUCUGGUUCGGGUUGCCCAACGACCCGUCCGAGGCGUACUUCCUGACCGACGAGGAGAAGAGGAUGAUGAAGGUUAGGGCUGCGCAGCGGGCCCAGUACAUGGGCAGCGACGAGUUCAGCUGGGAGGAGAUCAAGAUCGAGCUCCGCGACCCGAAGCUCUACCUGAGCGGUGCCAUCCAGUUCUGCCAGGACAUCCUGCUCUACGGCUUCAGCACCUUCCUGCCCUCCAUUAUCGUCAGCAUGGGCCGGACGAGCAUGGAGGCGCAGUACCUCAGCAUCCCCGUCUUCCUCUUCGGCGCCGUCGCCUUCCUGUCCGCGGCCUAUGUGUCGGACCGCAUGCUCGUUCGCGGGCCGCUCGUCUUCCUGGCCAACAUCCCCGGCAUCGUUGGCUACAUCCUCAUCAUCUGUCCGACGAGCGGCGGUGUCAAGUUCUUCGGCACCUUCCUGUGCGCUGUCGCCGUCUACAACGGGCCGGGGCUCAACCUGACGUGGCUCAACGUCAACGUCGCGCCGCAAUACCGCCGCGCCACGGCCAUAGGAAUGCAGCAGGCCAUCGGCAACUGCGCGGGCAUCGUCGCGGGCCAGAUCUACCGCGAGGCGCCGUACCUGCUGGGGAAUGCCAUCUCCGUCGGGGCGCUGGGCGUCGCGCAGCUGCUGGUGGUGGGCAAGUGGCUCUACAUCCGCCACUGCAACGAGAUGAAGAGGAAAAUUGCGAGCGGCGAGAUGGAGGAUAAGAGGAAGGUCAAGACCGGCGACUGGGAGUUGGACUUCCACUACCACCUGUAG